AUGGAUGACUGCGACGUGAAAGAAAAAAAAGAACAACACUUUUUUCAAUUGUGUCAUGCACAUAACAUCAAUGGCUCUCCGAUGGUCUUCUUCAUUUUCUUCUCCGUCAGAAGAGACGAUUCAAGAUUAGGGAAAAGGCUUAUCUCGAAGUCGUUGAAAUCUUCUUGCUGCUUCCAUCCCCUAUCUAUCUAUCUAUCUAUCUAUCUAUCUAUCUAUCUAUCUAUCUAUCUAUCUAUCUCAGAGUGCGCAUAUCUGUCUCUGUUUGAACAUAUCUAUCUACCUAUCUAUCUAGCUAUUUACUUCAGCUUCCAUGUAGAAACUCUCAUCAGAAGGGAGAGAGAACAGCGACAAGCUGACAUCAAAGCGACACGGACAGUUUCGAGCACACACACACCGAGAGGAUUCAGCGGUUCACACAACAGGCAGUAUCACGUAUCAGUGAACAUUCUUUCACCCUCUCUUUCUCUCAUCUCGCUCGCUACACAUAGUCCUACCUUUCCCUCUCACAUUCCCAGUUCCUUUCUUUCUCUUUUUCUUCCGCAGCUUUACGGACAAUUUCAUUUUUGUACAAGGAAAAAAAAUAAUUCUUUACAAAAAUAA